AUGUAAAGUCCUCAAUAUUUAAUAGAAAUUAUCAGAUAAAAAGAUUAGGAAAUCUAAAAUCUCAAAAAAGAAUUAGAGAUAUUGAGAAUGGGGAAAUAAGUUGCAAAAGAAUAAGCUAAAAUCAACAUAGAAGCAGCAUAUGUAAUCCAGGAAAGUCAGAAGGACAAAAUGUUGUUGGAGCUUCAAGCUUAAAAUAUUAAGCUAAAAAAAGCUUCUUAAUAAUAAUAAUAGAAUAUGAUUUCUUUGCAAAAAUAAUUGAAUGAAUAUCAGAAUUUGAUAAGUAAACAGAAUGAGUAAUAAAAUAAUGAGGAACUUAAAACCAUGCCAAUUUAUCGGACCAUUUAUCAAUCUAUAUAAUAAAGUUAGGAAAUUUGA